GGUAGUUGAAUGAAGAGUAGAAGAAGAAAGGUCAACACAAAACAAGAGAGGAGGCGCGCAUUGCAGGAGUGCAGUCACUACUUUCUUAACUUCAGAGGCUCGUAUCUUCUAAAUAUUUAACAUUUGAGCCGUUGUUUAGACAAACCGGAAAAACGACGAAGUCUCUGCCCUGUUACCGAUCAGUCUAGAGUCAUGUCACGACAGAUGGGAGACAGCCAUCGACGGUUCCUGCAGACCAUGAUGGCCAAUGGCAUUGUUGAUGAACAGGGGGCGAGGAAGCUCAUCGCACAUUGUUGUGAAGCCUCCAACACCCAGCACAAUCCUGACAAACUGGAUGAUUUCAUUGAGACCAUCAACUUGAAGCUGCAGCCCAUGUUCAUGCAGAUUACAAAAGGGAUGUCUGAAGAUAGCGGUCAUCAAUUCUACGCAUUGGUGAACAUGGCGGAGACUGAUGUCACACGUAUGUCGUCAGAUUAUGCCGACAAUGAGCUAGAGCUGUUCAGGAAAACGAUGGACUUGAUCGUUUGUUCCGAGAAGGGCAAUGCCUCAUCCACUGAUAUCCUGAACAGCGCUGACACCAUGACCACCAAAAAGCUGAAGAAGAGCGAGACAGAGCACCUCUUGAACCGUCUCGUGCAUGACAAAUGGCUCAAUGAGAAACGGGGUGAGUACACUUUGUCCACCAGAUGCAUUAUCGAGAUGGAGCCAUACAUUCGCACAAUGUAUCAGGAUCAAGUCAAAGUGUGCCACAUCUGUCGCAACAUCGCUUUCCAGUGCCAAAUUUGUGAGAACCCUACAUGUGGUAUAAAAAUACACAACCCAUGUGUUGCCCGAUACUACAAAGGGAGAGCAGAGCCAAGGUGUCCAGCAUGUGAUGACUUUUGGCCACAUGAAAUCCCGGAAGUCAGGCGGCCCAAGUCUCAGUCCAGAAAAUAAGGAGUUCAACUUCAAAUGUGUUUUUGUUUUUUAUACUUGUUUAACAUUUCUAUGUAUCUAUGUACAGUUUUUUUAACUGUUAAUUUAAAUUACUUUAUAGUUAUAUUUAAUAAAAUACAAUUGUUUCACAACAA